UGAAGAGCAAUCUUUAGACCUACAAAACUCGAUCACAUCUUGACGUCUUCGAGCCAUGAGCUUCAGGCUAUCGGCGUGUCGCGGCGUGCUGCCGCCCAGGGCUCAGCUACCAUGCUGCUCGCCUCGAGUCUUCAAGCUAUCACGGCCUAGCCGAAUCAAUCAACGGUCACUCGCCACGUCGAGUAAUAGUACGGACAGCCCGUCAUCUUCGGACGGUACAUCGCAAAAGCAAGAACCCGGCGAGAUUGCAGCUCGGCAGGAAGAGCUCACGGGAUCCGCAAAGCUGAUGGCUGAGGCCCUGGUAGAGGAGGAGACUAUGAAGGCCAAAGAGCACUGGAGAGAGCUCAGGGAGAAGGAAGCAGAGAGCGCGCCAGUAUGGACAGGAGAAGAAUCGCAAAAAGACGCCGUGUUGCGUAUGCUCGUCGACUCGCCUGCCAAUCGCCCAUUACGCUCGGAACUGGUGCAAUCUGCCGAAGAAAAGAUCAAACAAGCUCUCAAAAAGGUCGAUCUUUCACCCCGUGUCAUUCCCACAUCUACCGAAUCGACCUCGACCACAAGCGGUCUUUUCGGCUCUCAACCUGGAACCCCCGAAGAAUCCGCACGUCAAUUUAGACCGCUAUCAGAAGCCAUCCUCGCCGAACGCGAUAUUCCUCCCGAGGACUUCAAACCCUGGAUGGCUCGAUACGUCGCCCGCGACUCUCCUGGCGUCUCUCCUUCCGUCCUGUACGGUAAAUUCCUGCCUUCCAGCGCCAAACAAUCCUCCACCCGACAGACUUCGCAAAUGUCGCUCCUUGAUAAACCAGCGGGAUUUAACCCGAAUGAUCCCAAACAUCGAAAAGCCUGGAAAGAGAUGAAACAGACGGAAAAGCUCGUCGGAAGGGUAGAGGGAGCGAGGGAGGGAGCUUUGGAUUAUAGGGUAGGGGGGAAACAGGGCACAGAGAGUCAUGGGCGUGUGCAAGGGUUGUCGUCGUUGAGAGCUUGGGAAGGUCUUGUAGAGGAACGGAUACAGCAAGCUCAACAGGCUGGAUGGUUCAAAAACGUUCCUGGGCGGGGCAAACCUAUGAAGGAGGAUCCUGAUCUUUUGCAUAUGGAUCGUACCGAGUUUCAUCUGAACCGGAUCAUGAAAAGGCAGGGAGCUAAGCCACCAUGGAUCGAACUGCAAAAUGAGCUCGACGCGGCCCACGCCAGUUUCCGAUCCACCCUACUGGAAUCGUACUCUCGAGCCGUUGUACGGAGUUUGGUGACGUCACCAUAUCACGACAACGCUUCCCUUAGUGCUCUGACUGUCGAGGACAUCUCAAAGCUCCGGGAUUCCCGAUGGCAGGCGAGGGAACAGGCAUAUCACGCAGAGCACAUAAAGAGCCUGAACAAUAUCGUCCGACGGAUGAAUGCCCAGGCUCCACAGGUCGCUCGGAGAGGUCUCGUGGUCCUGCAAAACGAACUUGAUCUCUUGUAUCAAGACGCCGCCCCGAUCAUCCACGCGGAGUUGGUUAAGCGUCGGAAUGCCGACUGGGACAAGAAGAAAGCAGGGGGCGACUUUCGAUACGGAUCAGAAGACAACAGCGGGAAUGGCAACGGGGCCUUCUCAGGUGCCUGGCAAUUGUCUACCGGAAAGGUCGGCUUGGUCUUCGUUGCUAUGGGGGGAUUGACCUAUAUCGUCCAGCAAACCGUUUCUACCAAUGGCAAAGGCUCGAACUCGUCUCAGGGUUCUCGAGGAGAUCAGUACGGCAACCGUGGGAACCAUGGUGGAUCCUCGGUAGUGGCUUCGUCUCCGACCGAGGAAGAAGUCGGGUUUAGCCCCAUUCGCAUCAUCAAGGUGUAUAUACUGGAACCCAUCUCCACCUUCUUCCGGUUCCUGCGGUUGGCCAUGCUGUUUGGACCGGUCAUUUUGACCGCCCCGAUGCUGCUAGUCGGUACGCCGGCGGCAUCCAAGAGACGACGAGCCGGCGUUGUCGUCGACGAAGGCGAGCGCUGGGGAGCCGUCUGGUGGUUCGGGUUUCUGGUUAGACAGAUGGAAAAGGCGGGACCUACUUUCAUCAAGCUUGGACAAUGGGCGGCAUCUCGAGCCGACCUUUUCCCGGCUUCGUUAUGCGAAUUGAUGGGCAAGUUACACUCAAAUGGACACCCUCAUGCUCUUUCAUACACCAAGAAGGUGCUGGAGGAGGCUUUUCAGGAGUCGUUCGACGAUAUCUUUGACGAGUUUGAGGAGGAACCUAUUGGAUGUGGAGCGAUCGCGCAAGUCUACCGUGCCAAGCUGAAUAGCAAGCUGCUACCGGAAUCUUUCAUGGCAAAGAGGACUAAACAAUCUACAAAGGACGGUGUACCUAUCGAAGAAGUCGUCAAUACUUCAGUAGCCGUCAAGGUGGUACAUCCACGUGUCGAGCAGAAUAUCCGGCGAGAUCUUGCCAUCAUGAGCUUGUUUGCCAAUGUGCUCAACCUCUUCCCAGGAAUGGAGUGGUUGUCUCUACCGGAAGAAGUCGACGUAUUCGGUGACAUGAUGAACAUGCAACUCGAUUUGCGGGUCGAAGCCAACAAUCUCGAGCGGUUCAUCAACAACUUUGAACACCGUGGACCUGGCAUCAGUUUCCCUCGACCGAUCAGGACGAAGGGCGAAUAUACCGGCGAUGCUGCCCGAAAGGUCCUCGUCGAAGAAUACGAGGAUGCGCUACCCCUCAAGUAUUUCCUUGUUAAUGGCGGCGGCCAGUAUGACGCCGCGAUCGCAAAUUCUGGGUUGGACGCGUUCCUUAACAUGCUGUUGCUAGACAACUGGACGCAUGGGGAUCUUCAUCCCGGGAAUAUCAUGAUCCGUUUCUACAAAGCAACUACAAAGGACUUCUUUCAGCAUCUCGCCUCUCAAUUCUUCUCUACACCAGAGCCAGCAGACCCUAUCUUAUCCACCGAGACGGCCAGUAUCGUCAAGCGACUUCGAGCCGUGCACAACGAUCCCGAGCAAUGGGUGGCCGAGUUGGACAGAUUAGCAGCCGAGGGGUACGAACCCGAAUUGAUCUUUAUCGAUGCUGGACUAGUCACUACUCUAGACCCGACAAAUCGACGAAAUUUCCUCGACCUGUUCCAGGCUAUUGCUGAAUUCGACGGAUACAAGGCGGGACACCUCAUGGUGGAACGAUGUCGAAAUCCAGAAUUGGUUAUCGAUGCAGAAACCUUUGCGUUGAAGAUUCAGCACCUGGUCCUCCGGGUCAAGUCGACGACUUUCUCGCUCGCCGCCAUCAAAAUUUCCGAUAUCUUGACAGACGUGCUCAAGAACGUCCGGGAUCAUCACGUCAAGCUUGAAGGGGACUUUGUGAACACUGUCAUCUCUAUCCUUUUGCUCGAGGGUAUUGGUCGGCGUCUGAAGGAUGAUUUGGACCUUUUGAAGAGUGCUCUCCCGAUUCUGCGUCAACUCGGUCGGCAGAUGGGCACCAAGGAAGCGAUCGCGCAGGUCCCCAAGGGCAAUAUCUGGGCAAUGGCAAAGAUCUGGGUAUACCUUGAAGCCCGAGAAAUCGCUGGCUCAAGUACCGUCACAAAUAUCGACGAUUGGGUCAAGUUUUCCGGCUUUGACUGAAGCAUAUAGUACCACCGCCGCAUAUCCCGACUGUAGCAACACCUUUCCGCCGUUU